UUGCGAUAAAGCCGGAGAAAACACCGAAACGAGAAGCCCAAAAGGCCUGUUAGACGCUGGGCCGGCCGUCAUCCAGUUUUCUCCUCACCUCCGCGACGCCUCUCUCCUCCGUGGUCCGUUCCACACCCUCUCCUCCGCUGCCGCUUCCGGAUUGCAGCCAAUGGAGCCAGCCGCGCGGCCAUCCAAUGCCACACUUCUGGCGCGGCUCGGGGAGGGCGCGGCCAGGUUCGAGCUCGUCGACGGCGCCGCCCCUGAUCCCGCGCCGCCGGUUUGGCCCCGCCUCCACUGCUUCGCCAGGAUUGGCUCCUCGUUGAGGGGCGGUUGGUCGGCGGCGCUGAACAAGGUGGAGCAUUACGGGGUCCAGAGGGUCACGGGCGACGGCCGGUGCAUGUUUCGAGCGUUGGCUAAAGGAAUGGCAAAGAGUAGGGGAAUUCCAUUGAGCGCAAUGGAGGAGGUACAAGAUGCAGACGAUUUACGGCUGGCUGUGAAAGAAGUUUUAUGUGACAACCAAACCGAACGUCAAAAGUAUGAAGAAGCUAUUAUAGCCAUUACAGUAGAUGAAUCAUUGAAACGCUACUGCCAAAGGAUAAGGCGGCCUGAUUUCUGGGGUGGAGAGUCAGAACUCUUGGUUUUGUCUAGACUGUGUCGGCAACCAAUCAUUAUUUACAUUCCGGAGCAUGAGUACCGUGGACGGGGUAAUGGUUUUAUUCCUAUAGCUGAAUACGGAUUGGAGUUCACCAAAAACUCAAAGGAGAGAAAGAAAAGGGUGCCAGUAAGACUAUUAUACAGUGGGAGGAACCAUUAUGAUUUGCUGAUAUAAAAUGGUUAAUAACAUGUACCUGGCUCAACUGCUCAAGUAUCAGAAUAUCAGUACUCACUACCCAUCCGUGGCACAUAACUGAUCCCCUUGCCAUGGUUCUAUUCUCUGACCAAGUUGAUGCUUGUCUUUUUGCCACACAGUUGUAUGCUAUAACCGACGUUAUAUCCAUCUGAUUAAAGUCAUAGUCAUGAGUAUUUCGCCGAGUGCA